CCCCUCUCCUCUUCCCUUUCUGCAUCUUCCCUCCCGCUUCUAGGGUUUGGAUUCCUUUUUUUCCCCGAUUGCUGGGCUUCGAUUGCGUCCUUAUUCUCCCCAGAGAUGAUGCAGCCGGCGGGAGGGAUGGGCCAGGCUCCGAUCGGCGACCAGCAACCCCAGGGGCAGCAGUGGACCGCGAUGUCGCUGCCUCAGGCGCCGUCGCAGGCACAGUAUUACCAGAUGCAGGCGCCGCUGAUGUGGAACAACCAGCCCUCGCAGGUGCCCCCGCCUGUGCCGUACCAGGCUCCUCCGUCGGUGCCUAUGAUGGCCCAGCCGGCGUCUGCAGAUGAGAUCCGGACGCUGUGGAUGGGCGACCUGCAGUACUGGAUGGAUGAGGGUUAUCUCUAUGGUUGCUUUGCCCAUACUGGAGAGGUUGUUUCUGUAAAAGUUAUUCGGAAUAAGCAGACUGGGCAAUCUGAGAGUUAUGGUUUUAUUGAGUUUAUAACCCGUGCAGCAGCUGAACGAGUUCUUCAAACUUACAAUGGUCAAAUGAUGCCGAAUGUUGAGCAAACUUUCCGGCUUAAUUGGGCAUCAUGUGGAGCAGGUGAGAGACGUGGAGAUGAUGGAUCUGACUACACAAUUUUUGUUGGGGAUUUGGCGGCAGAUGUUACAGAUUACCUGCUACAAGAGACGUUCAAGAAUCGAUAUCCAUCAGUUAAGGGUGCAAAAAUUGUGACUGAUAAGCUUACAGGGCACUCUAAAGGCUAUGGUUUUGUUAGAUUUGGGGACCCAAAUGAACAAUCAAGUGCCAUGUCUGACAUGAAUGGAGUUUAUUGUUCAACAAGGCCCAUGCGGAUUGGUCCAGCUGCCAACAAAAAGACAUUGAGUUCUCAACAAUAUUCUUCUGAUGGUUCUCAUCAGAAUCUUCAAGGAAUUGAAUCUGACAAUGAUCCAAAUAAUACUACUAUAUUUGUUGGUGGAUUGGAUCCAAAUGUCACAGAUGACAUUCUGCGGCAAGCAUUUGGCCUAUAUGGGGAGUUGGUAUAUGUUAAGAUACCUGUAGGCAAGCGUUGUGGAUUUGUUCAGUUUGCCAACAGGGCCAAUGCAGAAGAGGCUUUGAGACAACUAAAUGGAACACCAGUGGGUGGUCAAAGUGUCCGGCUUUCUUGGGGUCGUAGUCCCGCAAAUAAGCAGCAGCCACAACAAGAUCCCAACCAAUGGAAUGGAAACUACUACGGAUACACUCAAAGCUAUGAGACAUAUGGAUAUGCCCCUACGCUUCAAGAUCCUAAUACAUAUGGAUAUGCUGCCUAUCCUGGGUACAAUUAUCAGCAACAACAGCCACAGCAGCCACAGUAUUCGUGGUAGGUGGAAAAUUCAUAUGCCUGCUCCUAAUUGCAUCUCUCAGAUCCUCAAAUAAGGUUUGUGCACAUGCACAACAUAAAUAGAUACUAUAAUGAGAUUGUCUAAGGGUCUCCUAGUCACCAUGUGCUUAAUUUGACUUAAAACUCAUCAUUUUGGGGCUUGAUUUCUUCUUUUGGCGUGACCAAUUCAAAUUUUAAUAAUUUUUAUGCCUUUUCAUAUCAUAAUAAACUGAGCAUUCUUGUUUUCCUUGUUUAUACAAAGAGUUGCUUUCUUUGGAAUUCCUUUGAACAAGUCCUACAUUUUAGCUAGAAAGUUCAUGUAAUAAUUUGACAAUUUAUCUUGCUGGGCCUUCCAUCUCAAAGUUCAUCUUGGAGGAACUAACUUUUGUCUUGCCCUGCAGUGAUUGAUUUUGCCUAUUAAA